AUGUCGUUCAACAAGAGCAUCACCCUGAACAACGGUGUCCAGAUGCCCAGGCUCGGCCUGGGAACCUGGCAAUCUCCCGCGGGACAGGUCGAAAAGGCCGUCGAACACGCUUUGAGGAGUGGGUACAGACAUAUCGACGCCGCCCUGAUCUACGGCAACCAAGAUGAAGUCGGUCAAGGGAUCAAGAAUUCGGGCGUGAAAAGGGAAGAGAUCUUCCUCGUCUCCAAGCUCUGGAACAACUCGCACAGACCUGAAAACGUUGCUGCUGAUCUGGAGACGACUUUGAAGCAGUUGGGCACGGAUUACUUGGACCUCUGGCUCAUCCACUGGCCAGUCCCUUUCGCACCCGGCGAAAACCUCUCCCCCUUGACCUCCGAUAAAUCGCAGACCGUCAUCGACCGCGAAGCACCGGGGAUCGUAGAGACCUGGAAGGCCGUCGUCGACAUCUACAAGAACAGCAACAAGGUCAAGGCGAUCGGGGUUUCUAAUUUCAGCAAGAAGCAUUUGGACAUGAUCAUCGAUGCUACGGGGGUUGUACCGGCGGUCAACCAGAUCGAGGCUCAUCCGGGUUUGCAGCAGGACGAGUUGGAAGCUUACGGGAAAGAAAAGGGCAUCCACUUUACGGCCUAUUCUCCCCUUGGUAACAACAUUACCGGAAAACCGCGGAUCGUCGAUUCGGACGAGGUGAAAGCCAUCGCCAAGUCAGCAGGGGUGGAUCCGGCUCAAGUGCUCGUCGCAUGGAUCACUCAGAAGGGGUUCAGCGUGAUCCCGAAGAGCGUCACUCCGAGUCGGAUCGAGAGCAAUUUCCAGGAGAUCGAGCUCUCCAAGGAAGAUGUCGAGACCAUCACCGCGCUCGGUCGGAAGAACGCAGUACGAUACAACGUACCUUACUUGUACUCGCCUCAGUGGGAUAUCGACGUGUUCGACACUCCCGAGGAAAAGGACGCUAGUGUCAAGGUCUGGUAG